GUGGGCGAAGUCUGGGCCCCGCGUUUCCCUCCAGCCGAAUUUCCCAUUAGGUGAGAACAGCCAGGCGCGGCCAUCUUGAGAGCGGGCUACGCUGAGCGGCUGCCAGCUUUUAAGAUGGCGGAAGCCGCAUCCAUUCCAGCCUCCGCUCGGCUUUCUCGCCAGGCCCCCGCCUGGAUCUCACCGUCCGCACUGGGGAGCUGAACAGCUCGGUGUCUGGACCAUGACCGGGGCGGUCUCCUUGCUGUUGCUGCUCCGGAGGAGCUGCCGCCGCGCUCUACGACUGGCGCCGCGGGCUUUCCCGGCGGCCGAGCUCCGGGCUCUGCAGAGCGGCUGGCCCAGGACCUGCACAGAGGGUGGCGGCGGCCUUCAGGUAAGGCUGAGGCGGUGAGGCACCGAGGUCUCUUAAAACUGCCUCAUCACCCGGGAGGAAAGUCACCCCCCCGGCCUGAACCCGCUAAACCUGCCAGCUCCUGGUGGUGAAAGUCAUGAGGGUUUUUUCUAUUAAUCACCUCCAGUUUCCAUAGAACUUUCUGCAGCUGCACAACCAGCACAUGAGAGUGCAAUCCUUUGCACAUCUGUCCAAGAGAAAGCCUUAUCAAGCUCAGUGAGACUUAUUCCCAAGUAAGCGUGUAUAGGAUUGUAACCCCUGCCUUGGUAAAAAGUAGGAUGUGGGUUGUACAGUACCUGUACCGAAAAAACGCGCGCGCGCGGGGGGGGGGGGGGAAUCAACGUGAUAUAGCGGAGAGUGUUCCUUUCGGACUUGGGUUCAAAUGGUCUAUCAGCCCUGAGUUGCAAUGCGUGACGUUAGGCCAUUCACUCUCUUGCAGCCUUACCUACUUCACAGGGUUAUUGAGAGGAUAAAACGCUGGGUGUGGGGGAAGGAUGGGAUAGGAAAUGAUAAGGCUUUAUUCAUUUACAUUUAUAUCCCACCUACCUUCCGUCAUGGAACCUAAGGCAGUGCAUGUUCAUGCACAAAAUAAAUAAUAAUACCAAAAAAGUCUCUGCACCCAGAAAAUUGGCGUAUCAGGGGGAAUCAUUCUUACGUAAGCUUUUCCCUGACGUGCCAGUUUUGUAGAUUGAGGGAUUGGCUUCUUGCAUCUUUGUUUAGAGCGCUUGUCUCUGACUGUUCAGAAAUUAAUCUCCUCCAGAAUCAAAGUUUAACCAUUUAAAAAAUGCAAUCAUAUAGCAUGAAGCAAGAGUGUCAGGAGCAAUCAAAUAAUAAUAAUAAUAAUAAUAAUAAUAAUAAUGUAUAUGAUCUCUAAGGGCAUGAGCAAUUAAAAAGAUUCCAAAAAUCAUUGACUCCAAAAAGACAGCAGAGUUGGUGGCAAUCAAUAGUUUGCUGGUCUCACAGUGGAAAAAGCCCUAUUGUGCUCACCAUCCACCUUCUGGAGGUACAUUCAACUAUGCAACUCCUUGCCUGCAGCCAUAAGUGAUAGCCCUCACUCAGGCUUACCACCAUGCCUAGGAACUAGGCUUGAGAGGACAGAGCCAUGUCACAUGCGUUUUGCCACUGAUUCUUACAACAUCUCUUGUAAAUGUAAUUAAUUAUUCCUAUGCAGGAUUGUAAGGUAGUUAUUUUGCAUUUAGUCUGGUAUUGGGCAUUCUAAUAUAUACACCAGAUAUUCUCAGGAGGAGGAACUGGUAAACCUGCUUUUGUGCUAACCACUCCUAGUGUGGCCUCCUGGCCUGUCAAAAAGUCCAUCAAACUCCACCCUAGAAAGCCCCUGACUCCACCCAUGACUUCAUUCCCUGGUAUCUAUCCAUGAUUCCCUGUAACCCUUGCACUGUUCUGUUUCCUCCUCAGAGCCUUCUGUCUCAAGUGCUUUCCCCCACACCUGGAAGACUUUUUCGGUCGGUAGCAAAAAGCCAGUUUAUCCCCUUCCGACUCUGGAAAUUUCUGGGUGAGUAAAGAAAGCUUGACAACAAUAGUGCCUUUACUGGAACUUAUUCCUGCCAUGGCAGUGACCAACAUGUUGGCCAUUGUUCUAUUUCUUCCCCACCCCCAAUUUUCUUGCCCGUCUUAAGUGUAUCGCUUCCUCAAUUACUCAAAGCUGGGUGCACAAACAGAAGCCAAGUCUGAAGCCAUUGAAAUGCAAAUGUUGAGCUCUGAAUACACUGGACAAAUGAAUUGCUUUUUCCAAAGUGUGAGGGUUACAUGGGAAAUCACACUAGGCAGCUAAGGGAUGGGCUUUUCUUGGGUCCCACCCAGGUGUGACCAGACUCACCCCAAAGAGUUGUGCCUCAGGCUAGGCUCAGACAUUGUUCCCCCAACCAGGCUUUCCUGAUAUUCCCUUUUUUAAAAAAAAAAAUUCCAAAAUAAAAAAACAAACAUUUUGAAAUUGCUAACAAGGCAAUGUAUAUAACACAUUUCCCCUCUUUAUAUGUAUGUGAACAUAAAUGUAAGAUCUAUUUGCAACUUGGAGCUUUUUGUAUGCUUCAUCAUAAUAUUACAGUUUAUACUUUUCCAAAAUCUGAGGAAAAGUUUAGGAUAAAUGUUGCUGAAUUUGUAUAUGAGAUAAAAUCAUGCCACACUAUAUAAAAAUCAAAUAUUUUGAGCUUUGCCUUAGCUAAUUUAAACUGGUAAACCAGUUUUUCUGCCAUGGCUCUUUGGCACAGCUUAAUGUGCCAAGUAGUCAAUGUCAACAGUUCAGCAGUUUUCCAAUUUUUGGUUGUUGCCCUGUGAUCAGCAAUCAACAAAUUUUAUUAGUUCCUUAGAUAUCACUUUCUUGUCCAUGCUGCUGGUUUAUGUUUUGAGAAGAACUGGCCUACAAGAUGUAAACUUUCCCUUGGUUGCUGUAUCCUGUCAUUACUUUUUUUCUCUCCCCCCCCCCCAGCUGUUGCAUGUCACAAGUUCAAUCCCACCCAUGAAAGAUUUAUUGUGCUAAGUCCACAGAAGCCUUGAUUAUUUAUUAGAAGUAUUUCACCCCACACUUCAGCUGAAAAAGCUUCUAAACCAGCUUUAUAUAAGAUCAAUAAAAACAGGACAGUCUGUCUGAGAACUGAUAAUCUGAAAGACACAACAUGAAAGGAAGAGGGGAUGGGAGGGAAAGAGGAAAAUAAUCAAACAGGCAGAAAACACAGAAUUACAUGAUAGUUCUAAUAAUGGUGAGCUGGAAUGGAAACAGCUGAGGGAGAGAAAGAGCCUCAGGGAGAGACCCUUCUUCCCAUCUCUCUUUGUGCUUCAGCCUGUCUGAAGGAAUGUAUGCUUCCAGGUGAAGCAGGGAGAAGUUCUGUGAAGCUGGGCUCUUAGCAGAGUUGACAAUUAACAAAUGACCUUGAGAUCUAAUUCAACAGACAUUAUCAACAAAUUGUAUAGGAAAGUUUGAGAAAUUUAAACCUUGUUUAUUACAAGCUGAGAUGCUCAGAACUCUGACUGUAAAUCUGUUGACAGGUGGCACUGACUAUUUUUCUACCUCUGGUUCUCAUCGCAAUGGCAGCGGUGGUGAAGGAUCCAAAGGGAAAUCUCCAGAAGAAGAUGAGGGUAAGUACAAAUAGCAGUUUUGCUCUGAAGCUUCCAGUCAGAAGUGACUACAACAGAGGUGGAACACUUUUUUGGCUCCAUGGACUGGGCCUUUAUCAGCAUUGGUCUUAUAGACCAAAUUUGUCAGGUGAUCUGACGGGGGGCAGGAUACCCAUCUGUCGAUCACAGGACAUCAUUAUGCUCUCACAUGAAUGCCAAGUGGGCGUAUUAGCCCAGCUGUCAAAAUUCCUCAUGAGGCUUUGUGAGUCUUUCCCCUCCCCCUGUGAAACUGGAGAUUUAAAAGGGGAGCACAGGGAGACUUGCAAAGGCUUUAAGACUGUGUCCACACUCCCAUCUCAGCCUCCAGAACUUGAUUGCAGUUCUUUUGAAUAUAUACAGCUUUAUGUAUUUCAGGUAUUAAAGCUAUUUAGAAGCUAAUAUUAAAUGGAUGCCUUAUUUUGGAGCAGAAACUCUUCUACUGAGGCAUGUGUUAUUGAUCCAGCUAAAGUUUUUCAGAGUCUACACAGGCAAUAUUCUCAACCAAUUUGCUUUUGCACAGAUGUAACAUUUUUGGAGUGACUUUCAGCUUGCUGCCUCAGUGGUUUUAGCAUCGCUCCUGCUUUGGGUAUCAAGUAACCAUGCAAAUAUAAUGAAGAAGGGGAAGCCUUCAUCAGGGUGGAGAGAGCCAUGCUGCUGGCAGGGAGGCAGUUAAUAUAUUUUAACAUUUAGCAGAUGUUGGCUGUGUUAGAGGAGAGGGGAAUACAGUGUUCAUUGAAGAAGAAAGUUUUUUAUUUUAAUUAGAAAAUGUUCUUGAAAUAUGCAGAUGGGAAGGGAUAGUCUUGCUAAAUUAUUUUUCUAAGGGGUACAUACAUGUUUGUGUUUAUCAGCUGCUUAUUAUUUAUGUGCCUUUACCCUAAGGAUCCAAGGUGGGUUGGAACAAUUAAAAAAAGUAAAUUAAAACAGUUUAAAACAGCUUCCUAAAAAUAUACAUCUCAGGGGUCAAGUCAGGGUAAAGAUUAUUUUCCAAAAGCUGUAUAAUGAAUAUGUCAGACUCGCCUCCAUGGGGAUGCACCCAUCAUUUUACUAGGACAUUUUAAAACCUUUGAAAUUUCAGGGAAACUGUUAUGAGGAUGAAGAAUAUUGGCUCUGGUGAUAUUAUAUGUGGCACAAUGAGGUGGUGAAGUGGACUGCACCACUUUAAAGUGCAAAGGGGUUCUUCCAUUUUUGAAUGCUCCUUUACAUUAAAAAUAUUAUGUCAAUAAAGACCAGCACAGCAGGCAAAGGGAUGGGAUUAUUGAUGUAUUGCAGUGUAAUCUAGCUAUGUCUACUCAGAAGUAAGACUUAUUGAAUUCAACAGGGCUUACUCAUAGGUAAGUAGGGUUAGGAUUGUAGCCUAAGUCUUCUGUUUUGCAUAGAACUUUUACAUGUGUGGGUUUUCAAAAACCAUAUCCCCUAUCUGUGGGAAAUAUAGCAGCCCUGUUCAGGUUUUAUUGCUCCUCAUGAUUCACAUUGUACAAGGAGACAGCAGGGGCCCAUUCGCUGACCCCACUGCAUAUCUGCAAAGAGGAAGCCUGCCAAAUACCCGUAGGCUCUCAUUUUGAGUAAUCACACAACGAGAAUAACACCUAAACAAGUUGAGCAUUGCAGUCCACUCCACCACCUGAUUCUGUUGCAUCCCUAGAUCUAGCCAUGUGCACCUGAGUAUUUAACCUUUGUUUCCCUUCUAGGGAGAGGACAUUGGCACUUGCCAGGGAAAAGCAUUCUGAAGAUUGGCAAGGCAUUUGAGCAGAGUCUGUGCCAGGAUUUGGGGGCCAGCGGGAGUAUGCAUGUGCCUCUUGCAGUGAUAGUCCUGUCCCGCCACCCCCAUCCCUCUGAAAAUAUUGCAGGGAGCUCCUUUAAAAUUUCCUCUGCUGAGCUAUAAAAAGAUCACAAGGGCCUCCCACAGAUGCUUAGCUUCAGAAUAGCUUGCCCUCCCCCCCCCUUUCACACAACCUGCAUUUUGAGGCUGAGCUGACCUGACAGUGCCCCCAAGUUUAACAUCCCUCCCUUGGAGCUUUCAGCAGAUUUCAUAGAUGAAGCUAAACAGCCGCAGUGGUGGCUGUAUUCUGCCCCUCCUCUUUUUUCCUCCUUGAUGUAAUUUGACUCUGCAUUUUAAAAAAGGGAAAGACAUAUCCUCCAUAGAACAAGUGUGCAUGUGUGCGUAUCCCAGUGCUGAGAGACCAGAAGGGCUUCUGGGCAGGGAGCAGGCUUGCACUUUGGCUGCCUUGUGGCUGCAAACUCCUAGUGCUGCUCUCUUGGAUAAAGGUGCUGGAAAUGAGAUGCUUCGUGCUCUUUCAUGUGAGCCUGCAGUGCUGGUAAAAAGGCAAGAGGAAGCAAAGCAUCUCCUCCCAUUGUUCCUUUGCUUUGAACACUAGCCCUUCCUUCUGCACUGUGUGCAAAGUGCAACAGUAGAUGAGUGUCUCUUGUGGUCCAGAAUGGGGAUAAACAAGCAGCUUGUUGCCACUGGACCCAAGUGAUUUCAAGCUAAUUUCUUCUCCAGCAAACCCAUACUCUGUAUUCGAGGCUAAUGAUCUGCCAUGUCAGAUCUUAGUUUUUAGUUUCUGCCCCUUACUAUGCCACUUCACUGUAUGCAUUAUGUAUUAAAAAGUGCUUAGACCUUUACAGUUCUUGCUGUGCUUGCUAAAACAAAAGCCCUCUGAGGCGGUUGUUACCAUUCCUAUUUUACAGAUAGGUAACUGAGACAGUGUGUGUAUGGGAGAGAAAGGAGGAGGGAGAGAGGCCAGGGCAGUAGUGGAACAUGAAUCUGAAUCUGCAAAAUCCAGGGCUAGUGUUGCACCCAGUGAGCCAAACUGCAGGAUUCAGACGGAACAGGCAGUGUCAGGUUAGCAAGGAGAUAUCUAGAUGCUGUAAUGUGCAUGCUGCUGUGCAAGAGGUGCUGGCUGUCACAAUGCAGUCCCAGUUCACACCAGUCAGCAGUUAACUUCAGAGCAGGAAUAGGGUCUGUUUUCAUCAUGACCCCUCUCCCAACCUCUGAGGAGAAAAGGCACCUUCCUUAUACUAUAGAUCUAAUUACUAGGGAGAGUCUUACAUUUGUUGCAAGGUCUUUUCAGGAGCUCCUACUAUGGGUAUGUUAUGUUAUGAGUAUGUCCUUUCCGGUGCCUGAAAGGCUGCACAAAAUAAUAUGCAGCAGUCAUCUUGGCCAGGAGGUGUGGGGUUUUUUGGCUUGACUUGUGUAAACCAUGACCUACUGAGCGCUACAGCCUUUCCCCGCUUGUAAUGGAUGGAUAAGUUGACUUUGCGAGGUGGAAUCCUCCUCUGUGUCUUUGGGGGAAAGAUCAUCCCAGCAGUAAUUAUUUACAAAGAGUCCUGUGGCCUGUCAUUGCAGCCCUUGCAAGCUUUUAAUCAUGGAGUUCAGGUUUGGGGUUAAUGGCAAAUCAUUUCUUCAUGAAGGCUUUCUGAGGCUGAAAUGGGUCCCACAGCUGCUGACAAGAAGUGUCUCUUCCAGCUAGUAUAUGACUUAUUUAUGGAAUGAUUAGUGUGACCACUCUGCAGCGUUGGGAUGUGAAUGUGUGUGCUGUUUUGCUAAAAGUGGGGUCCCUUUGCUGGUGGCAGAGGCUCUGAGCAACUGGAAAGGAUGGAUGGCAGAGGGGGGCAAAAUGCAGAGCAGUGCAGGCAGAUCUCUUCAUCUGUUCCUCCUGCCGUUUUCUGGUGUACGGUACUUGUAGACAAGAACCAUUCUAUGGCCAGCCGGCAUCUCUCUGAAUUUUCCCACAGCAGCCUCUGAGUUCUAUCUCCACCUUAUGAGAGAGGCCCAAGUGAUGGGGGAAAGCCCUUUACAACUCUGAUCAAAGAACACAGAGGGCACAUCUGUUUGGAUUGCCUCUGAAACCUAGGAGAGAGCAGUACUUUAUCAGGAUUUCCUCUGUCAGUAAAAAGAGGUCAUUGCUUGCAAAAAGAAGUUGAUUAGACCAAGAUGCUUUGCUGGUAUGGGUCCUAAAAAUUGUAGAGCUCUGAACCCCAUGCCUGACAGUGCUGGGGGCUUUCAAGCCAGAAAAUACAACUGCAAUAGCUUUCCAGUUGUCUCCUAAGCCUAUGGGGAGGUUAAUGAACUUAGAGGGUAUUUGGGCUUUAUAUGUAGGGUAUAAUUUGUGGUAAUCAAGAUAAAUGACAUUAGUGUGUUGAUGCUUUUUAUGGACUUGGUAGAUUAAAGUUGGUGCAAGCUUCCAUGAUUCGCAGAACACCUCAUCAGACAAAAUAUGUCUUUGGAUCCUGGAAGCUCUUAGAUGUCAUUUUGGUUUUCUGAAAAAAACUAGUAAGCUUGGGUGCUAAGUAGAUUUCCUCUUGGCCAAAUGUGAGUGGAUUUUUGUGUGCAUAUGCAGAAGUUCAGAAAAGCAGGUAUUAAAGUUGUCCAUAACUGUGAUCAAUAGAAUCCCUUUUCCUUUUCCCUUUCCCUUUUCUUCUUUGAUAAGUUGUUUAAUGCACCCUUAGUAUACACCUGGAACCCAGAAAGUAAUCUCACCCCAUACUCUGUAUGGUGUGGGAAUCCUUCCCCCGAGUUAAGUUUCUGUGGGUUGUUGGGCUUUAUUUUUAUUUUUUACAAUGUUGCUUUUUAAAAAUUCUUUAUUGGGCACUUGCUUGCAACUCCUGUGAUAGAUUUUCUCAUUCUGCUGUAGCUGGCCCUUUCUGAUAUAACAAAGGACUGUGAGAUGGUAGGAGAAGACAAAAGGGGUGUGGGCAGGGCAUAGUUACUAAGAUACUGGUGUUUGGUGAAUGAUGGCUUUAUCUGAGAAACACUACUUUCCUCUAAGGGUGGGAGUCAUUGGAUAGUCAGGACAGAGCAAGCCAUGAGUGAAAUAUGGUGCUGGAUGUCUGAUCAGGCAGCUCCAGCUUGGAAUUGUGGAUGAGGCUGGAUCUCUGUACAGUGGGGUUUUUCUUUUUCUUUUUGCAUCUGCUUUAACUGGUGGUGCUUGCUGAUAAAUGCCUUUGUUAACAUAAAUCUAAUCUUGGCUACAGCAGAUAGAUUUUCCAACAAAACAGCCAUGAUUUAUUUGGGAGGCUUCCUUAAUGGCUCCGAUGGAUGAUGCGCCAUUGGCAGAGAUGGGCAGCAGUUAGGCCAUUCAGGUUGGAUCAAAGAGCAAGGCAGGAUGAAAUGAGACUUAGAAUCCAAAAUAAGAAGAGUCUGCAGGAUCAGGCCAGUGACCUGCAGAUGCAGCCACCAAGAUGGUUUUCUGCAGAUUUAGGAAUGCCCUUAGCUCUAGGACAGCAGUGGAAAGCAUUUUACGUGUGGGCCUAUUCAGGCCUGCCAAGUCUUCUCCAUUUGGCCCACAAGGCCAUAUUGGGGAAGCCACAGACACUUUCCCUACACCUGACAUCAUAUAUGUUGGCAGGUAAAGACAAGGCCAGGCCCGGAGAGGUUUGCACCUGCAAAGCCUUGUGUGCAGCACUUUACAAGCACCAGCAGGUGGCAGAUCACUGAGCCUUCCAUGCACAGUGCUAUGCAAAAAUGGGUCAAACGUGGCCUAUGUUGGGUGUAGGGAAAUAAGUUCCCUAUCCCUGCUCUAGGAAUAGAGUUGUCCUGGCUGAAGCUGAUGGAAUGUGGGAGUCCAAAGUCUCUGGAAGGCACUAGGUUGGAGAAUCCUGCCUCAGAAGGGGCUUAGAAUGCUGGAGAGAUGGACCAUACUUUCUAGUGUUGGCAGAAGUUGCAAGCUUUUGAGUGCUGCUACUGUGCAGUUUGCCUCCAUUCAUUUCAAAGUGUAGGAGCCCAAUUCAGAUCCCACAUCCGUUUGAACCAAGUGCAUGUUAUGCAGAGCAGUAGGACCGGGUGAAGGCUGAAGAGCUUUCUCCGCAUGAUUCAAACGGGUUUUGCAAAUUGUUCAAUUGGUGCAAAGCUGCACCAUUCAUUCUAUGUUUGUGGUAGUGGUGUGACAGAAGGCAUCUUGCCCUUGUCUAGCCUAGCAUUAUCUGGUUGAGCAUUUAGAACCCUUUCUGAGAAAAAAAAUGGAUCCUCCUGCAGAAUGUGAGCUGAUUUGUACAUGCUGUCUGGGCUGGCUCAUGAGAAAGAACUGCUGAAACAGGCUAAAUGUGGAAAGCUGGAGCUGGGUAGAGCAAAUAUUUGCUGGCUAAUCGAAUGCAAACUUCCCCUUUCCCUAUGUGUGUUAAUGUUGGAACUCCAGGUAGGCAGCUCCGUAAACAUGCUCUGCUCCUGAGCUGUUGGCCUAGUUUGAAGCAGGCAUUUUACAUGCAGCUUUGCUGUGUGACCUUGCUCUUGGUCUCUCCUCAUUCAGUCCCUGGAAAAAGGGGCUGUAAUGUGAUAGCACACUGCAAACCAGAUGCUGCCUCUCCUAGCCCAGCUUAGCUUUCCUAGGAAAAUGAAAUGUGGAACAAAAAACAGACUGUGUGGGGGUCUGUGGCUUGGGGCAUAAUCAAUCUGCUCUCCAGCUCGUAAUGCUAAUCUUGAUGUGUUCUUAUGUUUCCUCUCUCAAGAGGAAAAGAGACGCCGGGAGAGGGAGGACCAGAUGUACCGGGAGCGCUUGAGGACCCUCUUUCUCAUUGCCAUCAUCAUGAGCUUGCUAAACUCCUUGAGCACCAGUGGAGGCAACAUAUCCUGGAACGACUUUGUAAAUGAGAUGCUGGCGAAAGGGGAAGUGCAGCGAGUUCAAGUGGUGCCGGAGAGCGACAUUGUGGAAAUCUACUUACAUCCAGGGGCAGUUGUGUUUGGACGGCCUGUGAGUGUCUUUUUUCAGCAAGAUCAGUCCUUAAAGUAUUGCAAAGUAGGUUAAGCAAAGACUUUUCCAUUUGGCCAACAUUGAUUGAUAUAGGAAUGUAGGAUUCAGGAUUGGUAGUAGAAAUUCCGCACACAUUUAAGUUUCACAGAUUUGUCUUGGUGUUGUGCCUGCCAAACAGUUGUGUGAACCCCCAAAUGCUUCCAUAGUUCUUCACCAGCCCCUAAAUUGGCCUGUUGUCUUGGUCAACUCAGAGGUGGUUCUUUGAAAAACAAUCUUGUUUUUCCCUAAUCUGCUUUUUCUCCUCAUAAGCAGAAAGCUGUCAAACUUCUGUGAAGUAUUCCUGUAUGGAUAUCAACAUUAAGAAUGCUUUUCUGAUUGUUUUCAUUUAUCUGUUCAUCUCCUUGUUCAGACAAGGAAUAUAACAUAAUAUCUAUGCUGAAUUUUUAGGUAAUUCAAGUUAAGGGUGGGAAGACUUCAGACUUGCAGGAUCUGCUCUUGUUUUGCUACUAGAACCUUGAGGUCCCCCAAAUGAGCUUUGGGUGGAAGGAUGAUGCACACUUAGAAUUCAGACCAUGGUACCUCUGAGCACUUGCCUAGCCCCAGAACUUGUUAUUUGUACUAGAAUUGAACUUGCAGGAGUUUCACACACAAAUCAAAUUAUGGUUUUCCAAUGUGUGCUUUGUUUCAGCAGCUUCAUUUUUGUUGAAAGUUAGGCUUUUUGGUUUUGCUAUUUUUUAUUUUUUUUAAAAAAUUGGAAUAAGAAAUCUUUGCUGAUUAGCUUAAGGUCACCCAGAGUUCACCCAGUAGAUCCUGAAACACCUUCUGCCCAUCCCUGCAUUAAAUAAUUUGAGGAACAGAGAAAUCUCUCACUGACUGUAGUGGAGACCUUUAAGGGAAAGCAGCUGAAGUUGCCUAUGUAGAAUCUAAAUGAAACUAUCACAGUGAAUUUCAUUGUCUUGGUUUUUAAUGCAAAGUUUAAGCAUAAGUCAUCCUGAUGACUUUCAUAAACUGUUUCUCGGGAAACUCCACAUGUUUAUGAAACAGUAUUAGUAUUUUGUGAGCAGUUUUUUGCUUUUUCUGGAACAAUUUGCAUACUAUCCUGAACAUGCUUGAUCUUGGCUGAUCCCAGAAGCUAAGCAGGGUCAGGCCUGGUUAGUACUUGGAUGGGACACUGCCUGGGAAUACUGGGUUUUGAUUCCUGCACUGAAGAGGGUUGGACUAGAUGGCCCUCGGGGUCCCUUCCAGCUCUACGAUUCUAUGAUUUCUUCUGACCAGAGUACUCUCAAAGUGGCUAACAAUAAAGAAAUAUCCAAUAAUAAAUGCAAUUCAAAACCAAAAGACACAAAUAGCAUGACAGAUAAUGAAAACAUCCAACUUUAAUAUGCAGCCCUGUUUAGGGAAGUUUUUAAUGACUGAUGUUUUAAUGUAUUUUUAAUCUUUUGUUGGAAGCUGCCCAGCCAGAUAGGUGGGGUAUUAUUAUUAUUAUUAUUAUUAAUAUUAUUAAUAAUAAUAAUAGGCUUGCACGAGAAAAACUGCCUUCUCCUGAUGGAGGAGGUUUAAAAGAGAGCAUUCCAAACCUUCCUCCAGAAUGUGGGUACAGCCACAGGAAAAAUCCUCUUGUGAGUCCUGACUAACUUAGCACCUGCCCCAUGUGAGGCUGCAGUGGGUGGCCCUUCCAUUAGAUCUAAAAUAACUUAUUAUAAUACAAUAAAAUAAUUCUGUACUGAUUACUGGUACCCAUAACAAUAGCAGUUGCCACAAACAGUGAAACUUGCAUGGCCUUGUGAGUUUUCCAGGUUGAGAGAGAGAAGGCAGCUAAUAUUGGUAAGAAUGGGUUGCCUGUUGAUUACUUAAGCCUCUCCUCUGACUCGUAGCAAAGUGCACCUUUGUCUGUGCUUAAGCCAACCUGAGAUUUUGGCAAGCUUAAGAGGUCACGUAGCUUUUAAUUCCUUGCCCAGCAGCCACUUUUCAUCCCCCUUGGAAUUCCCCCACCUACUCACACAUGACAGACUGUGGCCCUGAGCAGUUUUUUUCCACCUGUGCAAUUCCCAGUUGAUCAAUGUCCUGAAUCUGGCCUCGGUGUUGUUAACGUUGCUUUUGUGUGUCUCCAGAGGCUUGCCCUGAUGUACAGAAUGCAAGUAGCAAACAUUGACAAGUUUGAGGAGAAGCUGCGGGCAGCUGAGGAAGAGCUGAGCAUUGACCUGAAGGACAGGAUCCCAGUUUCCUACAAGCGCACUGGCUUCUUUGGAAAGUAUGACAUAUUUAGAAGAAAGCUCCUCCACCAUUGCAAGGCACUGUCUGCCCCACCCUCCAUUUCUUGCCUUUCUCUCUCCACCCCACCAUGCCCUCUGUGCUUCUUCCUCUUGCUUGCCAUGGCUGUGUGUACAGUGUCUCCAAGCAGCCUUCCCUGACCUGACACUUUUCAGAUGCUUUGGACUACAACUGCCAUUAGGCUCAGCUAACAGAAAUGUGCUGGCUUGGGCUGGCAGGAGUUGCAGUCCAAACUAUCAGGAGGGUGCCAGCUUGGCAAAGCAUGUCCUAAAAAGAGUUGGUGGCCUAGAUUGGGACACCAGCAGCCACCACCAACCACAAAUGUGUGAAACGCAUGACACACACCACUUCCUGCGGUUAGCCAGCUAGGAGGUGACUUGCCUGCUUCAGAACUUAAUUGUAUGACUUAGCUCUGUGAGAUUUUCCAUGGGAAUAGCAAGGGAAGGGGCUGUGGAUUGGGGCGACCAGAACCCAGCCUAAGCACCAUAGACUUACAAAAGUAUUUUCUUGUGAAAAGUGUGCCAAUCUAUUUUCCCAGAGAAUACUGCAGGGUGGCUUGGUGAACAUGGCAAUGAUCAUAGUGUGGGGGAUCCAAUGGAGAUAAUGCCUUAACAGUCUGAGUGAGCCUCCCACACGGUAUUAUCUUUGGCUUAUAAAAAUAAACUCCCGAGCGUUUGCCCAUUAAGACAACAGCCGACUGUACCUUUGGCGGACACUGACUCAUAGGCCCCAUGCUGAGCAGAAAUGUUUUGCUAAUCAAACCCCAAAUGUCAGUGUGAAGCAAGUGCUCCCAUUAAACGUAUGGACUUUGUUAUGCAGAACCCCACAUCCUUUGUCACAAGGAUUUUGCAAAGGCUAAAGCUGUUAAUACUGAUGUAAAGUCAGAAUGGGAAUUGAUGCUGAGAACAGGAGGAGGGCAGGAGCUUCUAAAGAUGCAGGAAUGCUGGCUUGGAACGUUUGUUUCUCCUUAAUGAUGGCAAGAGCCAGCUCUUCUUGUGGUCUUCUUUCUGCUGCUGCAGCAGCUUUUAUCCACAGAAAAACGAUUUAUGGAAUCUUGUCAUCUCUGGCUGACGAGAUUCUCUUCUAAUAAGAAUGGAAGGAGGCCUAUAAACCAUUCUGUUCCAGGGCCAGGCUUGGCUUUCUGAGGAGACUAUGAAAAGAAUUUCAUGGGCAAAACAUUUCUGGGUUUGUGGGGAGGAAGGUUUUUUAUUCACUCUCCCCAUUGUGCUUUACUUUCAGAGCUGACAGGCAAACUAAAUUAUUGACUGACUUACAUAGGAAACUGCCUUAAACUGAGUCACACCAUUGGUCUGACUGGCAGCGUCUCUCCAGGGUUUUCAGCAGGGGUCUUUCCCAGUCCUGCCUAUAGUUGUCAGGAGUUGAAACCUGGGACCUUCUGCAUACAAAACAGAUGCUCAGCCACUGAACUAUGACACUUCCAGGAGCCAGGAUAAAGAACGUCCGAAGUCCUCUCCAUGGAUCCCUUCAACAUGAGCUACUGGCUGCAGAUCGAUUGAUGCUUUCUUCCGCCAUUACCUUAUUUUCCAUUUGGAAUGUAAACUUUGUAGAAGCUACCCUUGUGCUGCUUUCACUGUUGAAUCUGUGCCUUAACCACCACUUGUAAUUAUUUUUGGUGGGUAUUUUAAAAAAAUAACUUGCUUUUAUCACUUGGCAAUCUUGCAUUGUGAAAGGUUGGUUAUUUACCUGAAAGUUGCAGUCAUUGAGAGUUGUGACUUGAAUGAGGAUGGUAUUAAAUCCUUUGGCCACCUCUAGCACUCCCAGCAGCCCACCAGUUUCCCCACCUAUGCCCACUGAAUCUCAGACACCUGAGGACAUUGCCCCACAUGCUGGAUGAGGCCUGCUUUCCACGACAGUCGCUCAGAGGAGCUGGUCUGAAGCACUUCACUGACUUGGGGAAGGGCCUUAGCUCAUUGGUAGAGCAACUGCUUUGCAUAUGGAAAAUUGUAGGUUCAGUCCCCACUGGUGUCUCCAGGUAGGGCUGGAAAUGACCCUGCCUGAAAUGCUGGAGAGAUGUUCCCAGUCAGUGGAGACAAUUGAGCUAGAUGGGCCAGUGGACUCUGAGUAAGGCAGCUUCCUAGGUUUCCCUAGGUUUCAAUGGAGCAAUCUGCCCACAGUCAGAGACAACACACAUUCUCUGUUAGCGACAUUUGUUUAGAACUCCCCCCAAAGCUUUAUUGGAAUUAAUGCCAGCUGCACAUUAACGCUUGAGAGUGAGAGCACAGAAGAUGCCCCUUUACACUGCCCCCAAAGCUCAUUGGGCUCUUAACCUGUUCUUUGAUUUAGACAGGCUCCUCCCCCCCCAAAAAAAAGCUGUACUCCAGAUGUUGCAAGACUCCAGCUCCCAUCAUCCCUAACGUUUGGUCAUGCUGGCUGAUGGGAAUUGCAGCUGAAGCGCCACAGGUUUCCUGUCCCUGCAUCUUGAAACAUUGCCAUAGCUGCACUUCUGUCCCACAAAUACAGUACUGGCUAUGUUUUUGUCUGUUCAUAACUGAUACAGCAGUUGCUUAGGUCUGACCCUGGUUUGCUGUUGUCUUUGCAGCGUCCUCUAUGCCCUGGGGAUGGCUGCUGUGGGUGUUGGCAUCCUGUGGUACAUCUUUCGCCUGGCCGGGAUGGCAGGAAGGGAAGGAGGCUUCAGUGCCUUUGUAAGUAGUUCUCCCUCCUGCUUUGUUUUGGGUGGGCCUGGCUUCUUCUUCCCUCCCCCAGCAAAGUCAACAGCGGAUGAGAAUUAAGCUGUGCCAAAGGCUGGGCGGCCCUGUGCUAUGUCUUGCUGCUUUUCCUAUCAGCUGACGGAACUUUACAGUAUUUGGCCUCAUGGGUGGGGUGGUGGAGGGGGGGGCGUCCUCUGUCCCUCUAGGCUGGGAAGGCUGAGCUCAGGGAAUCUGCAGGGCAGUUCUCUGCUGUUUUCAGGGCUCACUAAUGACUUGCAGCUGGGAAUGGCAUUUCUUUUGCUUUUGUCUUGCCAGCAAAUCUCACAUGCAGCAGCGAACACAAAUCCCUUGCUUUUAGCAAAAUAACUUUUUUCAGUCUUUAAAGCUGCCUAAGCUUUUUGGACUGUGCUGUGAGCUGGCCUUCAUACCUCCUGUCACAUGCCUCCCUCCCAGCAUCAGCCAAACCCCUGCCGCUCGGUCAGCUGAGGGGAAGGAUGGUGAUUUCUGUCUGUCUGCCUGCCUGCCUGCUUGGGAGGGGCUGGGGGAGGUGGAAAUGGGCUGAAAAAAAUGUUCUGCAGUUCAGUAGCCCAGUCAGCUCUGCCCUACUCCCUUUGCUUCCUAGCUGUGGAAGUUCCCAAGGCUCCCUCUUUACUUCCUUUAGGUGGGUGACACCCCUGGCACUUUUAUUGAUGCACUUCCAAGCUUGUGGCCUGCUGUAAGCUUAGUUGAAAGCCAACAUUAGUAGCUGUUUUCAGCAAAGGAUAAUGAGCAGUUAUGCAGAGGCUGUUUAGCUAAAUUGUUGUUUUGUCUGUCGCUGCGGUUUAAUGGAGGCUAGAAUGCAGUGCCUGUUGCUUUUGAGGUCCCUGUUGCUCUGUUCGUCCUCUUCUCCCCCUGCCACCAUUUAAAAAAAAGCCCCACCACCAAAUCUCUUGCAUAAGCAGCAUUCUGAAAGCCAGGGAAUUGAGUGGAUCAUGCUGCCAUUUUGGUGGAGUGGUCGCCAGCCCGGCUAGCGAAACUAAAAUUACAAGAGAGGAGUUCUAGAGAGCUCCUUCCAUCUGAUUUCUCUGUCUGUAGAUUCUUGGCUGGAGGGUGGCGGCAGCAAUUGUAUGAGGCAUCCCUCCAGCUUGCUACUAACAUUAAAACCUAGAUCAAGAUAGCAGCUGAGUGAGUGGAACCACAGCCCUUCUUACCUAAAGCAGAAAAUAGAACAGAAAGGCAAAUAAAUGGUCCGCCCUGUGGAGGAUGGCACAUGGGCCCUGCCAAAUGCAGCGUGAGCACUUCAUUGCUCAGUGAACUGCUCUUCCUCCAAGCUCAUAAGAAUCAGGGCUUUGUAUAACCCCUGCUUUUCUUUAUUUGGCUAUAUCUUUCUUUCUCUCUCCCCUCCACCCUGCCCACCCCUCAACAGAGUCAGCUGAAGAUGGCCCGCUUCACUAUUGUGCAUGGGAAAUCUGGGAAAGGGAUCAGCUUCAAGGAUGUAGCAGGAAUGCAUGAGGCCAAAAUGGAGGUCAAGGAAUUUGUGGAUUAUCUGAAGGUAAGACAAGUGCUGGCAAGUGCAGCUGGGAAGUUGGGAAUGGGAGGGAUUGAGUGGGCAAUGCUGUGAAUCCAGUAAUGCAGGUGUGGGGAACCUUUGGCCCUCCAGGUGUUGCGGCACUACAACUCCCAUCAUCUGUUGGCUAUGCUUGCUUGAUUUACCCUGUGCAGGAAUGUUGUGGGACCUUUUAUUUGUAGCGUAUUUGUUUUUUUGGUCACACUUGCCCCAGGAUUCUUGGGGAUAGGGGUAUCCUUUUUCAAAUAGCACUCUUUUCAUUAUGCCUUUUCCAUCACACUAUUAGCUAUAGGCCUCAUGAGUAGUAGUGGGCCUGAUUCUUUGUGGUGCAGGGGCAGAGGGCCUGUCUCUGAGCAAGGGGUGUGGUGUGGCUGAAUGGGCAACCAUCUUGUCUGCCCAGCCACUAAGGGACAUGAGGGGGUGUUUCUUCUUGCAUGCUGUCAUACAUGUGGGAAAGAACAUCAGUGGAAGUUUGUGAUUUGCUUCCUCCAGGAGAAGAUGCAGAAUGAGUAUGCAGCUUAAAAAAAGUUUUUUCUCCUCCCACUCCUAGAGCCCAGAUCGUUACCUACAGCUUGGUGCUAAAGUUCCCAAAGGUGCCCUGUUGCUUGGACCACCAGGCUGUGGCAAGACCUUGUUGGCAAAAGCUGUUGCUACUGAGGCCCAGGUGCCAUUCCUGGCGAUAGCUGGCUCUGAGUUUGUGGAGGUGAUAGGAGGUAAGUCCUGGGGCGGGGAGGCUGGAUUCACUUAGAGGUGGUGUGUGUAUUUUUUUUUUUUAAUCUUUGCUUCUUCAGCAGUCAGCUUUGAUUUAUUUAACAGAGCCAGCUAGGUGUGAGGCAUUGUACAGAAGGAAUGUGGUCCUUGCAAUCUGUUUCUGUGGAGCAGAACUUGACUCGGGGCUCUCAACCCCCAGGAAGGCGGCCUGAGCAAGAUUCCAGGCAUCCACUCAAGGGGAAAUGCAGUAGCUGAAUAGGGAUGGUGUAUAUCUGGGUAGAUGUAAACACCUUCCCUCCCUAGCCCACUACAGUUUCCUUUCCACAGUUGAUCAAAAGGCAGAGGGGUCUCUCUCCUUGGUGAGAGCUGGAAGGAGGACUCUGUGGGAGCCUGCUCAGCUUUCCCCUGAAACAAGCAAGCAAACAAAAAGUGUGUUCCUGUGGGCUUAAUGAAAAUGUGGCUUACCAGGAAGAAAGCUUUGUUCUCAGUUAGUUUAUUUGUAGGAAACUUUGAAGCCCUCUCACAGCGACUGGUGCUUGUGUCCUGGGGCAGUACAGCAUUUUCACUGACUGAUCUAAUACAUACAUACAUAUAUAUACAUACAAAUAUAUAUACAAAUAUAUAUAUAUAUAUAUAUAUAUAUGCGCGUGCGCGCACACACACACACACACACACACACUCUGUGUAUAUAUAUGUAUACACAGAGAGAGAGAGAGCGCGCUCCCCUCUUGACACCAGUUCUGCUGCUCUUCCUUUCUUCCACUCUGCUCAACUUCUGACCCUGGAACUUUCUAACUGAGACACCCAGUUCUGAAUGGAGAGCAGCAGAAAAUCCUUUUGGAGGAGCCAACCUAGUCCAGUCAAAGGCACCCUGGAAAAAAAGUUGGGGGCUUCUUGUUUCCUGGUCUGCUCUUAGGCAGCAAAUAUCCUCCUAGUUCAAUUUGGUUUCUUGUUGCUGCUGCGAUCUCUGCUGGCUCCUGAAACCAGGCAGCCCUCUGAUAACCUACAACAUAAUAGCAUAUUUGAGCCCUGCUGGAUCAGGCCAAUGGCUCAUCUAGUACAGUAUCCUGUUCUCACAGUGACCAACUAAAUGCCUAUAGGAAGCCUGCAAGUGGGAUUCAAGCACCAGAGCACCUAUGAUUUCCAGCUACUUUUAUUAGCAACAAGGGCACUGUAGGCCUGUUGGACAAAGCACAACCAGCAGCCUUGGGACAUAUUUAAGAUUCACCCUGGUGGAAGCUUGCAAGGGCCCAGAUUCAGGAAGCAGAGCAUGAGGCUAUUUAUUAGAAUGGUUUUGUUCUCUCUUUUCCUUCCCCCCUCCCCCAACUCCCUUCUGUAGGACUUGGGGCUGCUCGCGUGCGGAGCCUCUUCAAAGAAGCCCGAGCCCGUGCACCCUGCAUCGUCUACAUUGAUGAAAUUGAUGCUGUGGGGAAGAAACGCUCCACAAACAUGUCUGGCUUCUCCAACACAGAGGAAGAGCAAACCUUAAACCAGCUGCUAGUAGAAAUGGAUGGUCAGUAGCUCAGGCGCAUUCUCCAGUCUUGCUUUCUUCCUUGGCUUGUGGUCAGAAAUAUUUCUCCUUUCUCCACUCCAGGAGGAAAACUCUCCUCCUACGGUUGCCAUGGUAUUACUCACAGAAGAUGGCAGCUCAAGCAUGCCCCCACCCGCUCCCUGCCUUUCUCCCCCUUUUUUCCUUCAUUGCUAAGCUUCUCUCUGUUGCCCAAGUACUCCUAGAUUCUCCAAAGAGUUCCAAACUCUCCUUGUCACACUUUCCACCCCCCCUCACUCUCCAGUUUGACUUCGACCUGCAUCCAGAAAGGGAGGGUCACAGUUGUAGGUUACAGGCAGGCCACUUCAAUUAAGAUUAGUUAGAUGUGGUAACCAAUGAUAUAACUCUAGUAAAUGCAUAAAAAAAUUUCCCAAGAUGGGUGGGUUUAAAGCCUGUUUACUUGGAAAAGAAAGAUUGGAUGCAGAGGGGCAGAAGCAGAUACAGUUAGUUCCUUCUGCUCUUGUCUAACUUUCUGCCUUCACUCCUUCAGCUAGUGCAAUCCCACCCCAAAGCAACACUUUGGCCACUCCCACUGCUCUCCUCUCCCAGCUCUGCCUACUGUCUUUCGGACCUGGCAGCAAGAAGCAAGAGAGAUUCUCAUUUGGUUGCUAGGUUUCUUUUGGUUGCUUAUUGCAUGCCUUGUGUGUUACUGCUAUCACUGGGUCUCUUGGUAGAGACUCAAGGUAUUGAGACUGGACCCAUUGGUGGGUUCUUAAAACUCUCUGAAAUGUACCACCUGGCUGGUUUUCCGCUUGUGUGCACAAGUGUGUGCACGUAUGUGUCUGUGGCUGUAGAAUUUCCUGUUCCCUAAGCUCUCUUGGGGAAAAUAUUUUCAGGUACUCCUUAGGGCAGGGAUAGGGAACCUGUGGCCUUCCAGAUUAUGUUGGACACUAACUGCCAUCAGCCCUAGCCAGCAAUGGACAGACAUGAUAUCCAGCAACAUCUGGAGCUCCACAGGAUCCCCAACCCUGCCUGAAAUAAGUACAACAUUUAGGGGGAGGCCAAUGCUAAGAAGCACCAAGUGGUGCUGGAAAGGUGGCCCAAGACUUCAAGCCUUAGCUAGCCUUUUGCUUCAGCUGGUAUCUGUCUGGGAGAAGACCUCUUCAGAAGUGCCUUGGCUGGGAGCCAGCCGAAGCUUCAUCUGGCCCCAGCAUAGCAGUCUGCGGUGUGCUUGACAGACCCAGCCAGCAUCUUGCUUUGUCUCUAAUAUUGAUGCAGCCACUCUGUACUACUAGUGUAGCUGAAACUAGAUGAGUGAGGUUGAAACGAUGUGCUUUUAAAAGAGUCUCUGCUAAAGCACGAAAGCACCCUCUUUUGCUUCAUGCUGGCUGAUCAGAAUGAACUGAGCUGAACUAAGGAACAUGAGGAAAGCAGUUCCUGUGAGGAACAGUUGAAAGAGCCAAGUAUGUUCAGCUUGGGGAAGGGAAGGUUGGGGGAAGACAUGAUCGCAGUCUUAAAAUCUAGGAAGGGCUGUCAUUCAGGAGAGCAUGGAGCAGACUUGCUCUCUUUUCCUCCAAGGGUGAGGAGGUCUAGAAUGAAUGGGCAAAAAGUACAGACUGCAGAUUUUAGCUGAACUUUAGGAGAAAGUUCUGAAUGGUAAGAGCUGUUUGACAACAGAACAGACUCUGCCUUGGGAGGUGGCAGACUGUCCUUCUCUGGGCAUAUUGAAUUACAGCCUGGGUGGUCACCUGUCAGGGAUGUUGUGCUUGCAUUCUGCAUUGCAGGUCCUGGAUUGAGCCAGAGGGGGACUAGUUGACCUCUAAGGUCCCUUCCAUCACAAAGGUUAUAUGAAGAGUGUGUGUAUGUGCGCACAUGCUCCCAUGCAAUGUUAACUCUGCCAUACAGCUUUGAGCAUGAUUGGUCCAUUCUCCAUGCACAUACUGAUCUUGGGCUCUACUAAAACUUGGAUUUGAGCCUUGCUUUUUCCAAAAAUUGAAUAAUCUUCCACCAGAUGGUCAGAAGCCUCCCUGCUCUCAGCUAAAGUGUGCAAGCAGUCGACCACUCUUCAUCCCUGAAUAGAAGGUUGCUUGCUUUGUUAAAUUUGCCAUACUUUGGGUGGAAACAGAAGUGUAUGCAUAUCCCAGUAGGUUGAGAGAGCUGGGUAGUUGUGUAACAGGGAGAGCACCUGUUAGAUCCAGAAUUGCUUCCUUUCAUUCUGCCCUUUGUGCCCUGGGAGUGGGGGAGGCAGCUCCUCUCCAGGAGUCUUGUUGCCUUAAUCACACUCCGUUGCCAGUUCAGUCAUGUUGAAGCUAGGGGUGUUGAUUUGGGGGAGGGCGGAGAAUAGAUUGACAAGGGGUCACAGGAUUAUAAAAGGCUCAGUCUGGAGCCUUGCACUCCCAGGCCUUGUUCUGAUGGUGUCUUUGGUGAGCACUGGAAAGCUUGUUGUGUUUGGUGAUGGAUCUGCUGGUUGUCUGAUCUAUUUUGGGAGCACUUCUUCCCAGGAGCAAAGCAGCUAAUGUUCUGCUUGCACUAAUCUUGCCAUAGGAAUGAAGCUGCUUAGCCCACGUGACUGACUCCCAGCGCCUCUAUUUCCUUCCUUCUUGCCUUGCAAAAUACCCUGACAGACUGAUGCACAGUUGUGCUUUGUUGUCUUCUGGAAUUUGCCUCCACAGCAUCCCGCAAGGAGGCAGAAGUGAGGCUCAUUAGGUAGCAGCAUGCAGUAGGAGAGUGGACCUCUGGGUUAUCUGGAGGAUAAAUCCCUUGGGUGAGCUAUUGUGCUCAUCUCUUGGGCAGCGUGGGCAGAAUAUGCCCAUGCUGCCCCCACUCUAAGGCAGCAGUGUGUGCUUCUGCAGUUCAAGCAAGGAAGAAGCCUAGCUAUAUCUGCCUCAUGCCAAGAGCUUCCUGUGUAGCUUGUAUUUGGCUGGCUGCAUUGCCCCACAGCUGUGGUCAUGCCAUUUAAAGAUGGCAGUUCUGCCAAAUGCACGCUGCCGCUAAAAUGUUAUCUUCAGUAUACUGACAACUGCUAGAAUGCAAACUGUUAACAUAAUUGUGAGAGAAGUUGCAUCAAUGGAUUAACAAAUAAGUUGUAUGAAUGCUGAUCACAUUUGAGUCUAGCGGGCUUCAGUGUCUUCUGCAAUUCAGGGAUUGGAAUUGUAAGGACAGGACAAUUAAAAAUAUAUAUUUCUGUGUGUUCUUAGUUGUAUAAAAUGUGCAAUAAACCAUUUAAAGGAGGAAAUUGUGUCCAGAUCUCUAGCGUUCUGGCAUUUAUAUAAUCCACAUGAGUCAAUUUUCGCUAGAUAGGUCCACGAGCACCUGCUUGAUUGCAGCCUCUUCUUUCCCCGCCCAUGACCUUGCAUAUUAAAGCAUGUUUGUGUACAUUUGACCUCUCAUGCAGGGAAAUAUCUCUCUCUGGAGCUUCUUGCACAGGUGGCACAUUCCAUUCACUUCUGCUCUUCACAUUUUUCUCUGUUGCAGGCAUGGGGACCACCGAUCAUGUCAUAGUGCUAGCAUCCACCAACCGGGCAGAUAUCUUGGACAAUGCUCUCAUGAGACCUGGGAGGCUUGACCGCCACAUUUUUAUUGAUCUGCCUACUCUGCAGGUAUUAUUUGGACCCACCUCUGCUGUGACUCUUGGAUUCUGUGGUUAAGGUAUUGGGCAGUGGCAGAGGCUAGGCAGUGGAUUGUGGACACUUGUCUUCUUUAGUAUUUGACUCACAAUUGGUGCACUCAAUCCCAGGAACUGGAUUCACUCCAUUGUUGGUUUUCUGCUAUAAGGGUGUUUCUGUCGCUUCCUGUUGGAGCUCUAGCAGAAUCUCGGCUUUGUGAAUGGUGCGUUCAAAUUGCAGGCCUACAUGAGCUCAGUAAACCUAUAAAACCAGGUCUGCUGGGUUUAUGUUGACCCACAAUUGGAAGAGCACGAACCAUAAAGUUCAGUAGUCAGUGUCAAUCGGACAGUCAGGAACUAUGAGGAUUUCCACACAAAUUUACUUAAAACAACAACAACAACCUUUGUGCUAAGAAAAGGAACUGGUUAUGCGAGAGGCACCUUUUGGGAGUACUGCAGUAAUAGUUCUCAGAACAUGACCCAUGUGCCUUUGCUGUGGUGCUUUUAAGCAAAGGACCAAAUGCUUUCAAUCAGAUUUGUGUGUGUAGAUGGAUGCAGAAUCACACAGUAUGAAUUUGUGCAUUUAGAACUCUUAAGGCAGGCUUGGCCUGACUUCAGUCUUGCGUGGUCUGCUUUUUAAAAACACACACAACUGAAAUCUCUGUGGUUCAAGCAUGUCUUUUUUUAAAAAACACACACACACACAAAAAACCCCACAGAGCUUAAAAUAGCUCCCUGCUUGCAUCCCUAGGUAUUUGACUGCUAGCCAGGUAGAAAAGAGUCUUGCGUGUUUCCAGAAGACAUUUGGGGCUUCUUGUGAUCUCAGUAGGCAGAGUUAAGUGCACGCAGUGGGAAGCAUAGAAAACGGCCCAAAGAAAAGGAACCUCCUUGUCCUCCUCCUCCUCCAUUAAUCCUAUGUAAGGUUUCCUUUUCUCCCCACUGCCCUCCCCGGAACAGCUCAUAAAUGGCUGCAUCCGCUUGGGCGGUAAGCAGGACCUGAAUUGAGAUGAGGGUUUUCCUUUUUAAACAGCACCAGCAUCCCCUCCUCCCAUCUGGGGCUUCGCUAUCCUCCUGCUCCUCCAGGUUUUCGCUUAAAAUACCUCAAAUGCCUGAUACGAUCUGGCACCGGAAAAGUGAGCUGUGCAGCUGCUUUGAAGGAGGAAGGAGAAGGAAAUCCUGGCAGCUGAGCCCACUGCUUUAAUCAGGACCGCCUGGACCAGCUGAAUGAGUCACUUGCUGGCCUGUAGCCAGCUAGAUCUGGCCCCCUCGCCCCAAUUGCAAAUUGCCUCUCUUCAUUCAAGGAGAGGGGAGCAUCUGCAAAGCCCCAAUUCUCUCUCCCUCUCCCUCUGUCUGUCUCCCCCACCCCCCACCCGCUCGGUCAUGCAAGUGCUAUGAUGAUAGAAACAUUAAGGAAUAAAUCAAAAUUAAUAGGAGGGGGGUAUAGCGAGAGGAAUGACCUUUGGAGGGAAGAGCCAAUGACUUCUUGCAAUGACUUCUUUACAUCUGUCCUGCAUUUGAAAGAAGCCGUGGAAGUAUCCAGAACCUGGAAAGAUAGGCAAGCAAGAGAGACUCUGCCCCCUGGUGGUUUUGCCUUGUAAUAAUCAUGGCUUUGCCAAGCCUGGCAUCUUCCGUUGAGUAGACAUUCCUUCUUUCAGAAAUCCUGCUUCUGAAGAAGCAGCAACCCCAAAUGCAUGGUGAGGCUUGUUGGGGUGGCAAUCUACUCCAGCUUCUCUUCAGGCCUCUCCCAAAAGGCAUCUUGAUUUGAGCCUACAACAGGGGUAGCAGCCCUGCCUCAUAUUGCUGGUCUGCAACUUGCGUCAUGACCAUUGGCUGAGGCUGGCAGGAACAUCUGGAGGGCACUCUGUUCACUACCACUUGCCUACAGUCUGUAUUUUCAAUAGAAACUACUCAGGUUCUGUGGGGCAGCGUGUAUUUUUCUACACACACGGGCACACAGGCUUUUAAAAAUGCUUUAAAAAAUCUAAUAUUUUUAGACUGUGUUGUGGACUCCUGUUCUUUUGCCUUGCCACUUCUCUCUCCUUUCAGUUGCUUUAUCCCAAGCUAAGGAGGAUGCACAGUGUCCUCAAGCCAAAGCCCACGUCCUAGUGAGAUUACCCACUACACCACACUGGCUCCAAUAGUUUUUGGGUGGUUUAUGCAUGUUUUGACAUAGGGAUGAUAACAAUCUUCUGUAAAGUCUAGAGAAGCAGUUGCAGGGGUGGAUGAAGGUCUACCUGGUCCAUCAUUCUUUGCAAGAAUAAGUAACAAACAAAUAAGAAUAAAUAAGCAGGAAGGCUGUGAACCUGGGACUCCCUUCUACCCACCCUUCUGCUUUUAGAGGACAAGGUGAUGUCAGCAUCUUCCUUUCUUCUGAUGCCCAUUUGUGCCCUUCAGCAUCAGCUGCGCCAUGCAAAACUGCUCUGUCUUGUUCCUUGCAGGAGAGGCGGGAGAUCUUUGAGCAGCACCUGAAGGGCCUGAAGCUGUCUCAGGCUGGCACUUUUUAUUCCCAGCGCUUGGCUGAGCUCACUCCGGGGUUCAGUGGUAUGUAAGAGCAGCUGUUUGUCUGGUUUUCCUUUGUUUUGUUGUUGUUGCUGUUUGCAUCCAGCCACAUGUUAGCAAUCUCUGUAGCGCACUUUAGUCAUGUAUGGCUUGGCUACCUUCCACCCGGCUGCUUCCUUCCAAUGCUGCUGCUGUGUGUGAUGUGAAAGAAAAGAGGGCCAAAGCCCCCCCCCCCCAGUGCUGUAGUUAUGCUGGAUGGAAAUUGACACGCAGACUAGUACCUAGCCUGGUUGUGCUAAAUCCAUGAAUCGGCCAGUUUUCCAGCAUUUUUGUUAGUUUUUCUUCCAACAGAGGUAGUAAAAAACAAUUCGUACUUGGCGUGUGUGACGCAGAUUUUUGUGGGGUUGGAGCUGCUGCUUCUGGUUGUGCCUGCUGGAAACUUAGUAGCUGGAAAAUCAGUGCAAUUAUCUGGGGAAAUGUUUCUGCAGUCUAAAAUAUUUUAACUGAGCAGUUCAGCAUUGGAUUAGCUUGAGAGAAACGGGUAGGACAUUCCUGCUUUCCUGAGCCUCUAGUCCAUCUCCGAGCUCAGAACAAAGCUGUGAAUUUCCUGUUUGUGGAGUAUCCUCUGUGAGUUCCCCGCUGGUGGCCCCCGCUCUGCCUCUUCCGUGAUUCCUUUGAGCAGCCCCCACACCACCCACAUGCUCAAAACUCAGAACAGAUGUGCCUUCUCCUCCCUGGAGAAACUUGUGUGAUUGUGGUCAGAAGAGCCCCAGCGGGCAAUGCCAAGCCCAGGCCACCCUCUCCUAAGCCCAGCUUGAGACGGCGCUUGAUUAACUCAUUGCUGUCCACCAUGAAGCCUCUCCUUGAGGGUCACCUUGUGGUUUUGAAUCUAGCAUACAGAGCACAAUAGCGAGAGGCUUGCAAGAUCCUGCUUCUUUCUGCUUUGCAUAACAGCCCCUUCCCCCCUCACUUCCUGAUUCCCCCUCCUUUGUACUCUGCUUUUUAAAAACUCUUAUUUGCAGAACAACUUUUUUUAUCACAGUAAAAUGCGACAAAGGGAAGCUGAUUGAAAAGAAAUUCACAGAAAGCACUAAUGGUUGCUAGUAGUACCCCUAAAAAGAUGUGGCAACAUUCUUGACAACAGGAAGUCCAAUUCAGGGAAAAUAACAAAUCAGAGUUAGAGAUCAAGCAUGUUACGUAGCCAGAGUGAUAAAAAAGGAAUAUAUUGUGCCAACAACUACAUAAUAAAUACACUGUUAAACAUUUCAAGCCUAGAAUGUCGGCUCUGCCUCUCAUUACCUUGACUAAAACAAAACAAUCUCGUUUUUUAAAAUAGGUCAUAGAAGCAGCUUAAAGAAGCAGCUCUGUCAGAUACUAGAAAUGCCCACACUUUAUCAAGCAAUGCUACUGAGGUUUGAUUCUGUUCUGUGAUUUAGGGGAAAAAAGUUGCCACUGUAAACAGGUGGGCUACAAGAGUCGAAGCAGGUACACAUAGCUUCUUUACAUAACCUAACAAUGCCACAGGGAUGUAAUGUGGGGGCAUUGCAUGUAAUGGAUUUGAAAAGUUGCAGAAUCUUAACCCCAAACGAGCAGCAUUUUAGGGCAUCACAUUCAGGUAUUGAAGAGGAAUCUCUUGAUGCAAGUGGAGAGCAGUUAACAUUCAGGUGGCAUUGGACAUCAGGCAAGGUGGUGCCAGCACCUCAAAGGCUGCACUGCUUCAUCUUCUUUUCUUGCAACCUAAGAAAAACUGGUGGCUAAAGACAGGAGGACGUUGUUGCUGUAAUUAUUGUUAUUAAAAUUGUAUACCAGCCUCCCUAAGGAGCCUAGGUUGGCAAACACACAAUCAAAGCAUUAAAAAAAAGCUCCAGUAUAGACACAGACAAGGGACGCGGGUGGCGCUGUGGGUAAAACCUCAGUGCCUAGGACUUGCUGAUCAUAAGGUCGGCGGUUCGAAUCCCCGCGGCGGGGUGAGCUCCCGUCUUUCAGUCCCAGCUCCUGCCCACCUAGCAAUUCGAAAACACGCUUAAGUGCAAGUAGAUAAAUAGGUACCGCUUUAUAGCGGGAAGGUAAACGCUGUUUCCGUGUGCAGCACUGGUGCUGGCUCGCCAGUUGCAGCUUCGUCACGCUGGCCACAUGACCCGGAAGUGUCUUCGGACGGCGCUGGCUCCCGGCCUCUUGAGCAAGAUGAGCGCGCAACCCUAGAGUCGGUCACGACUGGCCCGUACGGGCAGGGGUACCUUUACCUUUACCUUAUAGACACAGACAGGGAAAAGCCUCCACUUAAAAGGCUUGUUGGAAGAGGAAAGUCUUCAGUUGGGUAGAACUGGUCCCAACCUGGGGUUUGGGAGGAUGGUACAUCAUUCUCAGGGUCCAACUGGUCAUAUUUUUAGGUGUUGGGAAGGAAAUUUCAUCCCCUCUUCAUAAUGGCAAGUGGUGACUUGGGCAAUUUCUUCCCCUACUCCUUCCGUGUUGGUGUUACAGGUUGGCUUGUUUGCUUGAUUCCCCUGGAGUCACUACCUACCCUUCAGGUGCAUCCUUGGGUGCAGAGUACUGUACCAUUUUUAUACACCCUCUUUGAGUUGUUCCAUGGAGGAUCAUUGCUUGGGAGAGGAUGUCGGGCUUGAUAGUUACCUGCUCUGUUCCCGCUCUCUGAUCCCAAGAAAACCCAAUGAGUGUGUGUUGCUCUGUCUACAGGAGCAGACAUAGCCAACAUCUGUAAUGAGGCCGCUCUCCACGCAGCAAGGGAGGGGCAUAAGUCCAUCGACACAUUCAAUUUUGAGUACGCUGUGGAGAGAGUCAUUGCAGGUAAGGUUUCUUUUUGGGUGACAUGUUGGUCAGUUUUCUUCAGUCUACGGUAAAGUGUAACAUGAUAAAGGGUUUUGCCAUCAUUGCCAGUUUAACACAGCCAAGCUGCCAGUGGACAGCUGCAGGGUGAAGGAGCAUAAAUGGAGUGGUGUGAAUCAGGUCUGCUUAAUUAGAGACCACGAAGAAGCCUCUCUGUUUGGGUGUAUAUGUUUUACAAUACCUUGGCUUUGCUGGCCUUAAUGGGGGCUUUCCAUGUAUUGUUAGGGUCUUGCUUUGUGCAUAGCUACAAUUUCUGAAGACUGCCUGGUGAGUGGCAGGAGAUUUUUGUGUGUUGAUUUUUAUCAAGGAAUACAUUGCUGGAAUCCAACCUUUGCAUAUAUAUUUCAGCAGUUGCCUUCUCCAGGGAAAAAUCUUAAGGGCUUGCCCUAUCCUACAUGGACCAUUUAUUUGGAUACACUCCCGCAGGGCCAGAGUUUAAUAGGCUGUUUAAAAGUGGUAUCAGGGUCUGAAGGAUGAAUUGACAGACCUGUGUUAUUGCAACUAUCAAUGCAAUAAAGAAUUGUUGCUGGCUCUCUUAGGCCUUGGGUCAUGAUAGCGGAGAGUUCUCUGACUUACAGCUGAGUGAUAGUGCAUAAGGGGCAGAGAAAGCCUUUUCCCUUCUCAGCCUUGCAGAUUAAAAUAGUGGUGCACCUUAGUAGCAUAUCCUGGGAAAUGGAAUUUUUGUCCUCCAUCUGCCCCACAGGGACCGCUAAAAAGAGCAAAAUCUUGUCGCCGGAGGAGCGGAGAGUUGUGGCAUUUCAUGAGUCAGGUCACACACUUGUAGGCUGGCUGUUGGAGCACACAGAGGCAGCGAUGAAGGUACUGAUGAAGGACAUGGGACAUGGUAAUCAAGAGCAGCUGAUGCCUCUUGAACUCAUUCUCUGCAAUACAAGUUGGGCCUCUCCUUUUUUCUUUUCUUCCCUUCCCACUAUCUCACAGGUUUCCAUCGCUCCUCGCACCAAUGCUGCCUUGGGCUUCACCCAGAUCCUGCCAAAGGACCAAUACCUCCUUACCAAGGACCAGCUCUUUGAGCGGAUGUGCAUGGCCCUGGGAGGGAGAGUUUCAGAAGCCAUCACCUUUAAUAAAGUCACUACAGGUGAGGAAGCCAAAUAUGUGCUUCAUCUUGUUGACCUCCUGUCUUUCAGUUGUGCUGCAGGCUUCUCUUUGUUAAAUGUCCUUCCACUGUGCUUGAGGAAUGAAGCCAAUGAGCUUGCAUAGACAUUAACCCCCACCCAGAAUAGGAGGGGGGUAUCUUGACACUUCUGAUGCAUGUAGCACUACCCCUUAAGUUCUUUUUUAUCCAUUGUUUACUCCAGGGGCACAAGAUGACCUGAGGAAGGUCACCAAGAUAGCCUAUUCAAUGGUGAAGCAAUAUGGGAUGGUGCCCAAUGUUGGAUACUUGUCCUUCCCAGAAAAGGAAAGUACCCCAGGGAUAGGACGGCGUCCCUUCAGCCACGGACUCCAGCAAAUUAUGGACCAUGUAAGUUCUCUUCAUGGAUAUAAAGCUCCAACAAAAAUGCUUGCCUGUUCACAGGUUUUAAAGGGCCCUGAAGCAGAGCCGUUUUGUUAUGUUGCAGUUUCCCAGGGAGAAUAAGGCUAAUCAUGUGAGACUGUAACCACUAGCCCAGAGGAAUUCGCAGUGUGAAUGCCACUUUUCGAAGGAAAGGGCUUUAUUGCCCAAGUUGGCUUGUGUUGACCCUUGUAAACAGGAUGCAAACAAGAUUAGCUUGGCACUGCAAAGUGUGUGUAGUUAUGGAGAAGGAGGCCAACCGCCAAUCCUGAAGUCUAGCUGAACACCAUCCCAUGUCUUCCUGUACAUUUUUGUUGCUGCUAGCAGCAUCUUUGCUGUGCUUUUCAGUUGCUUCAAGGGUUCUAGUCUUGGAUAGGUCCCAGUCCUAAGGGGAUGAUGUUGGUAGAAUUCUAAACCAAUAAAGACCCAAACUUACUAAGUCACUGCCUUCCUUCCCACACAAUAAAAGCCGCUCAUUGAAUUGACUUACGGCAAGUGCUAGAAAAAGGUUAGGACUAAUCACUUGAAGGAAGCAUAUAAACAGAACUGGAGGGGAAUAGUUAGGCUGAACAUUGCCUAGUCCUACUUUAAAUGUGAGAUGUGCCAUCACACUCUGCACCCAACUAAGCUCUUCUUUACCCAUGAGCUGUUCUUCAUUAGGAUCUCUGGGGCUCUGUGUCUUUGCUGAAGGGGUAUGAACUGCAGCUCAGAAUCUUCAUCUCUCUUGGCUCAGCCUUGUUGCUAUAACUCCUCCUCUGGUUUUUGUUUCCCUUCUAGGAAGCAAAGAUGCUGGUGGCCCAAGCCUACAGGCACACAGAGAAACUGCUGUUAGAGAAUCGGGACAAACUGAAAGCAGUAAGGCUUGCAGAACACCAGAGGGAUUCAGAUUGAAUUGGGCGUGGGGGUGACUGGGAAGUGGGGGUGAUCCAGACUCAGAACCCUGCUCUGCUGUUGAAAGUUCAGUGGCUGGCCAUGGGCAAGUUGCUUCUCUUUAGCCUAGCUACAGGGUAGCUUGUGAGGCUUCAAAAAGUGCUUUGAGCAACUUGGCAGGGGAGGACUGGUUUUUUAAAAACAAGGUAGCAGCUCCUCUGCUGAGAGCCAACUAAGAGAGCAAAACUAAGAUGAUUCCUCUGCAAAGUCUUAGAUACUGUUUUGGUUGCCACUUGCAUUGGGAAGCACGGCAGCCCUUUUCCUUGGCUGAUAAUGGCAAGAAGCAGUGGGUUGUGGCGCAUUUCAUCUCCUUGUGAUGCCAGGAAUGUGAAGGGAGAAACUCUUAGAGCUGCAGGGUAGGAGGCCUGAUGUAACAUUCCUCAAAUGGCCCCACAUGUGCAUCCUUGUCCCUUUCUUUGUACAUUCACACCACUGCCAUACAUUUUCUUUCAUAGCUACAUACACAAUACUUCUCUUAAUGGUUAUCUUUGCUUUAUGCAAUGGCACCUGGCAUGGGAGAAGAGAGGUGUGUGUAGAAUGCAAGUUCUUUCCUGCAUGUGAUAAACUGUCCUCAAACUGUUGCUUCCUUUUAAGAUCAGGGUGGGGGGAAAGAAUCCUUUGAAUGGAAUGUGGUGUCCUAAAGCAGGUGCAGGAAACCUGUGGCGCUCCAAAUGUUGUUGGAUUACAACACCCAUCAUCCCUGACCUUUGGCCAUGCUGGCUUCAGGGACUGGUGGGGGUUGGAGUCCAGCAACGUCUGAAAGGUCUUAGGUUUCCAUCCCUGUCCUUGAGAGUGCUUUCCUUGAGGUGAGUUGGUCCUUGCAUCAGCCAGUGGAUGGCUGAGCCCCAGUGUAUCCUAUUUCCAUGUUUAGGUUUCUCUGGCCUGUGUGUGCAUGCAAAUGCUUACCAUCUGUCACCUUUUCUGUGUCUAGCUGGCCGAUGCCCUGCUGGAGAAAGAAGUCAUCAACUACGAUGACAUAGAAGCCUUGAUUGGGCCUCCUCCACAUGGGCCCAAGAAAAUGAUUAGCCCUCAGAGCUGGAUUGAGGCUGAGAGGGACAAACAAGAUAUGGGAGAUGAAGAGGCACCUCAGUCACCCCAGAGCCGAGAGGAGGAGGAAGAGUUUGACCAGAGACCAGUUUGAAAAUGCCCAAGUGAGAUAAGGGACUGAGCAGCUUCCUUUCUGAACUAGAGGCGCAAAGAGAGUUAUUUCAUGCCUGUGUGUAGGCUGCUCUGCUCAUAUUUUGUGAUGGGCUGCAAGCAGGGUCCAACUUCCCCUGCUCUAAAAAUGAUCAAGCUGUGGUUGAUGUAUGUGUAUGGGCUCAUCAAGGCUCAUUGGGAAAGGUCCCAGUGCCUCUGGGUCACCAGCUUACAGUUAGGGGAAUGUGUGUGGUCAGUCUGGGCAGAACCAGCCAUUGUGUCAUAGUCCUCCCACAAAAGCAGCUGCUGUGCUCUGCUUCAUCUUCUUCUUUUUUCUGGUGCCACACACUGCAACCCUCCUUUGACAUGACAGCAAUAGCUGCAUCACUAGCAUCCAGAGUUUAAUGCUUCGCCCUAGAACCAACAACACAAAUAUUUCCCUGAUUUUUACGCAUGUCUCUUGAGGUGUAGAAAGUCUGAUAUGGACAAUGGAGAUGUAGAUUUCCUUUGACCUAUGUCACCAUGCCACAAAGAUAUAGGUCCUUUGACCUAUGUAACUCUGGCCACAAAAAUAGGGGCAGGCACAACCUCUGAAUGCUGGUGGGGCUCCCUGGAGUGACUUGGAAGGGAGAGAGAAUCCUCAAGCCUUUCGGAGAGUACUCUGGCUGGCUGGUAGCUUCUGGUUCUUACAGGCCUUUAGACUGAAUGUGUCUCUAAAGCAGCUUGUAACAGGAGUUGGGUGGGGGGAGGGAUAGUCAGUUUCCUGCUGUACAAUAACAGCUGAAGGGAGGUGGAGUGGAGAGAGAAAAGGGCUAGCUGCAUUUUCAAACACACUCCAUAGAUUAUUUCCAUGAGGACUAUUGUCUGUAUCCUUAUACAACCCUUGUCCAGAUUUUCCUCCACUCCUGCCAAUAUUUAAUUGGCAGUUCUCAAAACUGCCUCUUUUCUGAGACUACCCUCGUGCAUAGAUGGGAUGAGCGUGCACACAUUUGCACUCUGAAUUGCCUCAACGUGACGAGAGUUUGCUAUUUAGAACUGCGGCUAUUAAAAUCCCUGGAGAUCCUCCUGAAUAUGUAUUUCAACAUGUGAUAUUGCACGACGACAUAAAAGAAAACCAAGCAUUUCAGCAUUGGUCUGUAAGCAGUCCCUUUCUCCAUCUCCCCCAGUGGGCCUUGAAAGAAAAGUCAUUGGUGAUCUUUGUGUACCACCUAGUGGUCUAUUGACAAAUUUGUACCAAAUUGCUGUAUAUCUGUGACAAUAUCUGUGGGGCAAUAUGCUAAGUUUCUGAAUCACAGUGGCAGUAAUUUAGCCCAUUUCCCUCCAAGAGGGAGCCAGACUCGCCAGACUCACUGGCAGUAGCUGAGCUUUAGCACAAGGGUGGUUAAUGCUUUGGCUCAUGGAAUUGCAGAGAUGAAAGGGAUCCCAAGGGCCAUCUAGUCCAGCCCCCUGCAAUGCAGGAAUGUUAGCUAAAUCAUACAUGACAGAUGGCCAUCUCGCAUCUGCUUAAAAACCUCCAUCUAUAGUGGCAUCAUAUUGAAAGAAAUUCUGGAGCAAGAAAGUCAUGUUAAAUUUAACUGUGCUGGGUUUUGGCAUAUGAAAUGGUUGGUAUGUCUCUCCAGUUGGGUAUUUCUCAGGAAAAUGAAAUUUGAAAAUUGUUCAAUUGAAGAAGUUGUCACUGGGGGAGGGAUGGUAAGAGAGCCACAAGUGUUCCCCACCUUGAUUUUUCCACUUUUCUUAUCUUUCCAAGAGUUCCUGCUCAAUGUAUUUAUAAACCAUGACCUAGCACAAACUGUAAUAAAUCUCUAUCAUCUCAGCUGCUUGUAUCUUUGCCAUCUAUUAAAAAAUGAAAUAAACUUUUACAGAACUCAAAUACCA